CGCCCUGGGAGCCACUUGCUGGUCCCGGCCUUGCGGCCUGUGGGGGAGGCUGCCCGGUGGCGACGGUGGCAGCAGUGCGUGUCCCAGGUCCCCAGGACCACGGCUUCCUUUCUGCCAGGUCUGGAAUGCAUAUCAUUUUAUCAUCAUUGGACCGGACUGUUCACAGCAUUCAAGAUACACAGAUCCAUCUGUCCAUCCAUCUGUGUGGGUCCACAAUGGCCACCUUCAGCCGCCAGGAAUUUUUCCAGCAGCUACUGCAGGGCUGUCUCCUGCCUACUGUCCAACAGGGCCUUGACCAGAUCUGGCUGCUUCUUACCAUCUGCUUUGCCUGCCGCCUCCUUUGGAGGCUGGGGUUACCGUCUUACCUGAAGCAUGCAAGCACCGUGGCAGGUGGCUUCUUCAGCCUCUACCACUUCUUCCAGCUGCACAUGGUUUGGGUCGUGCUGCUGAGCCUCCUGUGCUACCUCGUGCUGUUCCUCUGCCGACACUCCUCCCACCGAGGCGUCUUCCUCUCCGUCACCAUCCUCAUCUACCUGCUCAUGGGUGAGAUGCACAUGGUGGACACCGUGACAUGGCACAAGAUGCGAGGGGCCCAGAUGAUCGUGGCCAUGAAGGCGGUGUCUCUGGGCUUCGACCUGGACCGGGGCGAGGUGGGUGCAGUGCCCUCACCAGUGGAGUUCAUGGGCUACCUCUACUUUGUGGGCACCAUCGUCUUUGGGCCCUGGAUAUCCUUCCACAGCUACCUACAGGCUGUCCAAGGCCGCCCACUGAGCAGCCGAUGGCUGAAGAAGGUGGCCCGGAGCCUGGCGCUGGCCCUGCUGUGCCUUGUACUGUCCACUUGUGUGGGCCCCUACCUCUUUCCCUACUUCAUCCCCCUCGACGGUGAUCGACUCCUUCGCAACAAGAAACGCAAAGCCAGGGGCACCAUGGUAAGGUGGCUACGAGCCUACGAGAGUGCUGUCUCCUUCCACUUCAGCAACUAUUUUGUGGGCUUUCUGUCUGAGGCCACAGCCACGUUGGCCGGGGCUGGCUUCACGGAGGAGAAGGACCACCUGGAAUGGGACCUGACAGUCUCUAGACCACUGAAUGUGGAGCUACCCCGGUCCAUGGUGGAAGUUGUCACCAGCUGGAACCUGCCCAUGUCCUAUUGGUUAAAUAACUAUGUUUUCAAGAACGCACUCCGCCUGGGGACCUUCUCUGCUGUGCUGGUCACCUAUGCAGCCAGUGCCCUCCUGCAUGGCUUCAGUUUCCACCUGGCUGCAGUACUGCUGUCCCUGGCAUUUAUCACAUAUGUGGAACACGUCCUCCGGAAGCGCCUGGCUCAGGUCCUCAGCGCCUGUAUCUUGUCGAAGCGUUGUCUUCCAGACUGUUCACAUCGUCAUCGCUUGGGCCUGGGGGUACGAGCCUUAAACUUGUUCUUUGGGGCCCUGGCUAUCUUCCACCUGGCCUACCUGGGCUCCCUGUUUGAUGUGGAUGUGGAUGACACCACAGAGGAGCAGGGCUACGGCAUGGCAUAUACUGUCCACAAGUGGUCAGAGCUCAGCUGGGCCAGUCACUGGGUCACUUUUGGAUGCUGGAUCUUCUACCGUCUCAUAGGCUGAGGCAUAUGACCCUCAUAAUCUCUUUGAGUACCCCUCCUUAGAGUAUCAACUCUGAUGGGGUAUAAGGGAAGGCCCUUUCUCUACUCCUUGACCCCUCUCCAUUCUUGAGCCCCAAACACCCCUACACACAACAGACAAACACACACAGCCUUUCCAUGCCUGUCAAUCCUCACCCCACCACCAGGCACCAGGCGGGAAGAGGGUGGUCCUUGUUGAGGCCUAGGAGUGGUGGAUACUUGAGAAAGGAGGGAGGAGCAGAUCUGGGGCCUCCCUGCCUGCCUUCUCCCUUUUUAUAUGCAGUUUGUUAUUGUCAAAUAAAAGUAGAAAUACA